UAUUCUUUCAUCUCUUACUUUUCCCAGCUUUAUAAUUAAACCCAUAAAAAAAUCAGUGCCCAGAUUUAACUGCAUUUCAAUGCUACCUUCAUUUCCGGUGAUUUAGUCUGUUGAAUCUCUUCUACUCAACAAAUUAUUUGAAUCUAAUCUGCAGAAAAUCCAAAGAUUAGAUUGCUGAGAAGAUGGAGUCAAAAAUGGAUCGUUAUGAGAUCAUGGAGCAGAUUGGGCGUGGAGCUUUUGGUGCAGCCAUUUUGGUUAAUCACAAGCUGGAAAGGAAAAAGUAUGUGCUGAAGAAGAUUCGAUUAGCUAGACAAACAGAACGUUGCAGAAGAUCAGCUCAUCAAGAGAUGGCUCUGAUUGCUCGGCUGCAGCACCCGUUCAUCGUCGAGUUCAAGGAAGCUUGGGUGGAGAAGGGUUGCUUUGUUUGCAUAGUUACUGGAUAUUGUGAAGGUGGUGACAUGGCUGAGCUUAUGAAGAAAGCCAAUGGCCAAUACUUUCCUGAGGAGAAACUGUUGAAGUGGUUCACUCAGCUGUUGUUGGCAGUCGAGUAUCUUCAUUCUGGUUUUGUUCUCCACCGGGACCUCAAAUGCUCCAACAUCUUUCUCACCAAAGAUCAAGAUAUUCGUCUAGGGGAUUUUGGGCUUGCUAAAACUUUGAAAGCCGAUGAUUUGACUUCUUCAGUUGUCGGAACUCCGAAUUACAUGUGCCCUGAACUACUUGCUGAUAUUCCUUAUGGUUUGAAAUCCGAUAUAUGGUCCCUUGGUUGCUGUAUGUACGAAAUGGCUGCUCAUCGUCGUGCAUUCAAGGCUUCUGAUAUGGCUGGCUUAAUAAGCAAGAUUAACCGAUCAGCCAUUGGCCCGUUGCCUCUUUGUUACUCCCCGUCCCUGAAAAUGCUCAUCAAAAGCAUGUUGCGUAAAAAUCCCGAGCAACGGGCCAGUGCGUCUGAGCUGUUGAAGCACCCGUUUCUGCAACCUUACGUUGCUGAGUACCGUCAAUCUUACACUGCUCCUACAAGACAUAUUUUUACUGCUAAUGAACAUCGCGAGGAUAUGGCUGAAAGCGAAAGCAGCAGCUGCAGUUCACGCAUAGACAGGGAGAGCCUAAUGGCGAGCGAGAUUCAAGAAGAGAUUGCUGAAACUCGUGCAAACGCACCAGAGGAGGCAGGUGUGAAGGAGACCGUCUCCUCGGAUGCGAGAUCGUUCAGCGAAAGGGCGGACGCGCUCGAAGGGCUGCUUGAGCUGUGUGCGGACUUGCUUGAGCAGAGCAAGUUGGAGGAACUGUCAGUGGUUUUGAAGCCAUUUGGGAAGGAAAAGGUGUCUCCAAGAGAUACAGCAAUGUGGCUGGCUAAGAGCCUUAAAGGGAUGAUGAUUGAAGACAGUGGGAGGCUUAAAUGAAUUUUAUUUAUCUAUUCCAUUCAAUUAUUCCAUCUCUUUUUUUUUCGGUUUAA